UUUCGUAGCGACAGCCACUCAAUAUGAAGAUCAUCGCACUUUUGGCUUUCCUCAUCUGUUCUUUCUGUAUUCUCGGUACAAUCGCCGCACUUGCUGACGAAACCGCCUUUACAGCGGCUGAUGGUAUAAGCUUACCCGCACAGUUAGCUACGGAAAGGGAGAUGGCUGUUGAAAAUUUGGUUCGUCAGAAACGUUUCACUUGCAAUAGUUACGCCUGUUCAGCCCAUUGCAUAAUACUUGGCAAGCGUCAAGGAGGUUAUUGUAACCGUCAAAAUGCCUGCGUUUGCCGCAAGUAAAAGUAUUUCGUCGAUGGAGGAAACGAAGACGAGCAACCACAUUUAACAAAAUGUGUACCAAUUUUUUAUUAUGUGAUAUGGUUUGAAAUCAAAAUAUAUAUAUUAAAAUGCAAAUCUAA